CGGGGAGGGCGGGGGUGCCCAGGGAGCCUUAAAGAGCCCCGGGUCCCCGCCCUGCCCGCACCGCUGCGGCUCCCGCCAUGGCUGAGACGGCCAAGCUCCAGCUGUUUGUCAAGGCGAGCGAGGACGGCGAGAGUGUGGGGCACUGCCCUUCCUGCCAGAGGCUCUUCAUGAUCCUGCUCCUCAAGGGCGUGCCCUUCACCCUCACCACGGUGGACACUCGCAGGUCCCUGGAUGUGCUGAAGGACUUCGCGCCCGGCUCGCAGCUGCCCAUCCUGCUCUACGACGGCGAGGCCAAGACGGACACACUGCAGAUCGAGGAGUUUCUGGAGGAGACACUGGGGCCCCCCGAAUUUCCCAGCCUGACGCCCUGCUACAGAGAGUCCACCAUGGCGGGCAGUGACGUCUUCCACAAGUUCUCCGCAUUCAUCAAGAACCCAGCGCCCGCGCAGGACGAUGCCCUGUACCAGCUGCUGCUGCGAGCCCUCACCAGGCUGGACAGCUACCUGCGCGCGCCCCUGGAGCACGAACUCGUCCGGGAGCCGCAGCUGCGGGAGUCCCGCCGCCGUUUCCUGGACGGCGACCAGCUCACACUGGCCGACUGCGGCCUGCUGCCCAAGCUGCACAUAGUGGACACGGUGUGUGCGCACUUCCGCCAGGCGCCCAUCCCAGAUGAGCUGCGGGGCAUCCGCCACUACCUGGACAGCGCGCUACAGGAGAAAGAGUUCAAGUACACGUGUCCGCACAGCUCCGAGAUUCUGGCGGCCUACCGGCCCGUCGUACACCCCCGCUAGCACCCCCACCUCUGCUGCCGCCGCUGUGCACUCGUCUGCAGCCCCAUAAAGCCGCCUCCUGUGAGCAUGUCCGGACACCCCAGGGACCAGAGGGCCCGAUUUUUGCCACCCCUAAGCCCCCACUGUGGCCUGCUGUUCCAGAUGACAGCCCUGAAUGACGGCAGCAGAGAGGCCAGUGGGCGGGGCACAGCCCCUCCCCCCAUUCGUCAGGGACGACGGGGACUGGAUCGGGCUCCCAAACCAGUCAGGCCGGGGCGCAGCGUUGGGAUGGCCGAGGAGGGUGGGGAACGUAGCCCAGCCGGGGCACCUCAGGGCUCAGAGCCAGUGGGUGGGGUGGCCCACAUUCCUCAGCCCCACCCCGGCUGGCAGGCACCCCCAUCUCCUGCAGGACCUACUGUAUGCAUGGGAUGGGGUGGUCAAGGCCAAGUCCUGCUUGGUGAGGGUCUGGAAGAGGGGUGCACCCCAUGGGGCGGGAGGGGUCCAGCCCUGGGAGCCUGGCCCCGGCCCUGCGUGUCUCUCUCAGCCCCCAGGCUGGCCGGGAGAGCCU